AUGCGGGUGGGAUGGCUUCGUGGGUACGGAGGGGGAAAGAAGUGGGCAAGAUGGCUCGGGUCCAGAGUGGGAAGGGACGGGGAAAGUUGGCACCGGUCCGGAGGGGGAGGGGAUAAGGGAAGGUGGCACGGGUCCAGAGGGGGGAGGGACUGGGAAUAUGGAAUAGGUGAGAAGGGGGAAGCAGGUGGGGAUGGUGGCGCGGGUCCGGAAGGGGAAGGGAAUGGGAAUGAUGGAUCGGGUGCGGAGGGGCAAGCAGGUGGGGAUAGCGGCGCGGGUGCGGAAGAGGGAGGGAGUGGGGAUGACAGAUCAGGUGCAUAG